CCUCUGUCCUCUGCUAGAGCUCACUCCAGAGCCAGGCACUCAGAGAUCCCAGAAGAACCUGCUUCUCAGUCCCCCAUGAUACUCAUCCUAAAUGUUUCCAACUAGCAAAGCCCAGGUUAGACCAAGUGGGGUCAGAGAGCUCUGGAUGAGGUGGGGUAGCUUUAAGACCUCAGUGGGGGAUGCAGUUAAUCCACGUGCUGAGCCCGAGGAAUUAUGGUCGAAGGGUCUUUGCAGAGGGUGGUGGAGGCUGUGAUGCACCAGGCCUGAGGAGAUGGCCCUCAGCUCUCAGCCCUCUUUGGGAUGGCCUCAGCUGAGAGCCACCAUACCCAAGGUCAUGUCUGGGAAAGUGUGACAUCCAGUGGCUAGUCAACAUGGAGAUGUAAAGGUCCAGCAUCUCAACCCAGCCCAGGACAACUUUGAAGCAACAUCUUAGCACCAGAGCUCCACGGGAGAUCAAGUGAGGUAUUCUUUGGGACUUUACUGCAGCUCAACUUCUUCUAAACAAUUCUGCUCCCUUCUCCUCCUAGCCACUCUUGGAUCCUAACGUACUUCCUGAAAAUGACCUACUUAUUAAUAUUCAUCUCAGCUCCUGUUUCCCAGGGAACCCGAUGUGGAGGGGAGAGGCUGUGGCGGGUACCAGACAAGGUGGGGAUUCUUUUGUCUCUAAGGGCCAAGCAAGUCAUGGAAGGGUGGAUUGUUUAUACUUCCACUAACCAUAUAUCAUAUACCACAUACCAAACACAUAUGCCAUAUAUAAUAUACCAUAUACCACACACCAUGUACCACAACAUAUGCCAUAUACAAUAUACCAUAUACCACAUAUCACAUACCACAUGGCACAUACAAUAUACCAUUACCAAAUUCCACAUGCCAUACACCAUAUACCAUAUACAACAUACCAUAUUAUAUACCACAUACUAUAUGCCAUAGACCAUAUACCAUACAGCAACAGUCUUAAUAUACAAGAGCAAUGAGAAUUGUUUAUACAAAAGAGGAGUUUACUCAGAUCUGAAUUGUAGAAGACCCUGGAUAAAGUAGAAGAUAGAGCUUAUGGGGAGCAAAAGAUUUGGGGAUAGCCUAUUAGGAAGUAAUAGUUUUCAUUCACACAAGAGAUGACAAUGGAGAUGGAGAAAUAGAUUCAAGAAGUGUUUAGGAGGUAAAACUAACAGGGUCUGGUAAUGUGUAGACAUGAAUGGACAAGUGAGGAUAGAGAACAUGGGCCCCUUCUUGGAUUGACCAAAUGGGUAGAGGAUGUGCCACAUACUAAAGGGGAGAAGAAAAUGUCCAAGUGCAGACUAUGAACUCACUUUUGACUAUUUCAGCUAUACAAAUGAAAAUUUCGUGGUCAAAGGAUAUAUAGGUCAGCCACCAAGAAGUGGUACAGGAUUAGAAUCUAAACUACAUCUGGUUGCAAAGCCAAUGCUCUUGACCAUCAAGGCACUAAAAAUCCCAGGCUCUGUAGAGUUGAGAGUCUGAUGGGAGGUGUGAAGUCUCCUGGAGGUGGGAGGAAAUGUAGGAUGCUGGACCUCGAGGAAAGAUCCUGUACAGCCCUCAGCAGGGGCCAUGGAUGGCGUCCCAGCAUGGAGUUCAUCAUUCCAGAACAAUGUGAUAGGAUGGUGACAUCACAAGGGGAGAGGAGUCUUCUCAUCUCCUAUAUGCACUUUGGGCCUGCCGUGGACUCUCCUCUUGUUCUAACACCUCUCCUGGCCUUAACAUCCUAUUGAUUCCUGAGGAGGCACAGCUCACAAGGAGGCAACAGGGAAAUCACCCUAGCAGUCAGUGCCUGACUAUGGACUCGUGGACGCUAAAGGGUCACCAGCUGAGUGUGGACUGAGAGUCCCAACACAACCUUUGUGCUUGGGUAGAGCCCGUUGCAGAGGCAGGGAGUGUCUUCUCUCCUCAGGCCAGAGUCCUGGGCCUCUCCAGGACAACACUCAGACAGAGAAGGCUCCAGGGCCACCACGAUGCCUGUCCCUGCCUCCCAACCCUGCCCACCUCUGCCAUCCCUGCUGCUGACUCUGCUGCUGAGAUUCACAGGAACUUCGGAUGAAGACUUCCAGGUGAUCCAGCCUGAAAGUUCAGUUUCAGUCAGAGCUGGAGAGAUCUUGACACUGGGCUGCAAUGUGUCCGCUCGCUCCCCAGCAGGGCCUGUCUUGUGGUUCAGGGAGAAUGGGCAAGAACGACAAUUAAUUUACAACUUCAGUGGAAGCCAAUUCCCCCGAGUAACCCAAGUGGAAAACUCAGAGUUCAACCAAACAGACUAUUCCAUCCGCAUCAGUGAUGUGUCGCCCAAAGAUGUGGGCACCUAUUACUGUGUGAAACUAACAAUAGCGCACCCUGACAUGGCCUAUGUAUCUGGUUCAGGCACUGUUGUCUCUGUGAAUGGUGAAUACAGUCUGACUCCAUCCCCUUGGUUUGUAAAAAUGAAUUUUUUUAAACCUGAAACAUGUACCAAACCAUCAUCACACACUAGAUUCUGUGCCCCUUCAAUCACAAACAACCCUGUAGGCUAGGAGACUGCAGGUGGCCCUACUAAUUAACCAUUCUGCAGUCCCGUGCCUGAUAUUGAAUCAAGCCAUGUUGACAGGCCAUGCCCUUCCCUGACAGCCAACUCCACCAAACCAGUGACACAUGGAAGGGAAACUCUCACAUAACAAGACACCAGGUAAACAGAAUGCAACUACAAAUGUGUACUUCAUGAACUAAAAAGUGAGAAAACUGAUACCUAAAUGGCCAGCUGACUUUUCUAAGGUCUGGGGGACAAUCCUGGGAUGAGAGCUAUCCAUUGAGUAUCUUCUAAUCUAUUCUGAGACCCAAUUUCCAUUCACUGACCCUUGUAGCCACAUCUUAUCUUCCAAAUUCGGGAUGAAAUCUUAACACAGGGUACAGUUUGCCCCCUAAGCCCAAUACCUCCUGAGCCAAAGCAAAGGGAUCCACAAGCAGGCAGAAUCUCUACAAGCCUGAACAAAUUCACUCACCCAUUUUUAACUGGAAUGUGAUUGGGGCCUGGUGGCAGGUCUCUGAGGGGCCAACACAGUGUAGUCAGGGACCCCAUUCCCCAUACACGAAGUCAAUGAAUGGGCAUGGUCUCCUCCUAUGGCUUCUGGGGAACCAGGAGACCAGAAGGAUGGGGCUUGGGUAUCAC